GGUGGAGAUGGGACUCCUGAGGGAGUGUUGAGGUGUCUCAGCAGCACUUUGUUGCAGAGCCUUUUGAAGAAACACACUCCUCCAACUCAUGUGCAUGUGUGUUUCCCACAACUUCUUCUUCUUCUUCUCCUUCUCCUUCUUCUUCUCUUUGAAUCCCCUCAUGGACUUUACGCCGAGCCACCAUGGGAGCACGCCGGCCGCCGCCGUCCUGUCAGAGGAUUCUUUAAGUUGGUGAAGCGUGACAGGAGUAGACGAGUAUUCCUGGAAGAGUGGCCUAACUGGACCUCGGGUCUGUGGAUGUCCAUAGAUGUACUGAAGAUGGCAACUUCAGGAGCAACUUUCCUCACUUUAGUCACAUUCCUGCUGCACGUGGCGAGAUGUCAAGGGACACUGGGGAAAGGAAAAGACAGCUCUCCGCUCAGGUUUACACACCACCUCUACAACGCCACCAUCAACGAGAACUCUGCCCCUCGGAUGUACAUCGAGACGCCAGUGAAGAUGGGCAUUGAAGUGACAGAUCCGCUCUGGGACAUCAAAUAUAAUGUCGUCUCUGGGGACGAUGACGCCUUUUUCCAAGCAGAGGCAGUCAAAGUCGGAGAUUUCUGCUUUCUCAGGAUCAAAACACGCAGCAGUACCUCGGCUCUCCUCAACCGGGAGGUCAGGGACACUUACACUCUCACUGUGGAGGCAACGGAAAGCACUUUUGACUUCCAGGCGAAGACAAAGGUGCUUGUCCAGGUGCUUGACACCAAUGACUUAAAGCCUCUUUUCUACCCCGCCUCGUACAAUGUGGCCGUCAGGGAGGACACUCCACUCAAGUCGAGUGUGGUGAAAGUUAGUGCCACAGACGCAGACAUCGGAAGCAACGCAGAGUUUUAUUACUCCUUCACCAGCAGAGCUCACCCUUUUGUCGUCGACCCAUUCUCUGGCACGGUCAGCCUCGCCAAGAAGCUCAACCACACCCGGACGGAGAGGUACGACCUCACCGUUUUAGCCGAGGACAGGACGAAAAAGAUAUCUGGUCUCCAGAAAUUUGGCAACGUUGCUCGAGUUACGGUGAAUGUACAAAAGAUGUCGACGGGCGUUCCGGUUAUCACGCCACCCCCAAAACCCACGGUAUCCACAGAUGGGAAAAUAGCUAUCGAUGUCCACGUGGAAGCAGGAGUUAAGCCUGUGGAAUCCCUUAAUAUUGUUGGAGGGGAUCCCCACAAGUGCUUUGAGAUAAUCCCCUUAGGUGUGCAGGGCAGUGACUUCCAAGUGAUCUCUACAAAGAGGAUUAUCUGGUCUCAAACUCCUUUUGGGCUGAAUCUCUCCCUUCAGGCUAAAGACAGGAGCUCCCCAAGUUUACUCUCUUCAGUUACACAGGUCCACAUACCAGCCUAUCAUUUCACCCCUUUGGCUUUCUUGGAGGACACCUACAUUGUCCCACUGAGCGAGUUUUCACCCCCUAAGACUCACGUAGUCAAGGUUUCUGUCAAUUCAGUUCCAUAUAAUGUUACUUUUAGUAUCAAAAACAACCCAGACAGUUCUAAGUUCAAGAUAAAUCCCAAAACUGGGAUUAUUAUUACUACAGACAAAUUUGACUUUGAGAGAAAGGCUCGAUAUGAAUUUGAUGUGGUGGCCAAUUAUGGUGAAGCGGAGACUCACGUCGUGGUGGAGAUAACGGACGAGAAUGACAACAGCCCACAGUUCAUGCAAACAUCCUAUCAGGCCACACUGGAUGAAAACGCCCCCGUCGGCAGCAGCAUUUUAAAAGUUACAGCUUCAGACAGAGACAAAGGCAAAAACGGCUUUGUGACGUAUUCCAUUGCAAAUUCAGGCCCUUUACCUUUUGUAAUGGAUCCCUUCACAGGUGUCAUCUCCACCUCCGAACACCUGGAUUAUGAGCUGAUGAAACGGCGAUAUCACCUGAGAGUUUGGGCGUCCGACACCGGCAGCCCCUUCAGUCACGUCAGCGAAUGCCUCGUGACGGUCACCCUGAACAACCUCAACGAUAACGGCCCUCUUUUUGAGAGGGUAGGCUGCAACGUCACAGUUCCUCUAGAUUUACCCAUGGGACACACAGUCGCUGAGCUGUCAGCCAUCGAUUUAGACGAGCUGCAGCAGCUGAGGUACGUCAUCGAGUCCGGGAAUGAGCUCCAAGUGUUUGCCAUUGACUCCGUUUCAGGAGCGAUUACUCUGAAACAACCGAUUCCGGCGCAAGAGGGUUCGUUCACUUUAAGAGUCAUAGCUACUGACGGCAAACACCGCUCCGAAGCCUCAGUUGUUAGGAUAACUGUCACAAAUAAAGGCGAAGACGCAACGUUACGUUGUCAUGAAACGGGAAUCUUCAAACAGCUGACCGAUAAACUGAUAGAGUCGAUCAAACCCGUUUUAAUCAAUCAAGAGGAAGAGACGUUCUCGGAUAUCCACAUCACCAACCGACACUCACCCAAGUUUGACCUGGGCAUUCCCGGUACAAUUGAUAUCACAGAGGACCACCCAUUAAAUUCCACCAUCGUUCAGUUCAAGGCAACGGACGGCGACUCUGGGUUCAAUGGUAAGCUUGUGUACGCCAUAUCAAGUGGCAACGAGGACGGCUGUUUCUCCAUAGACACUUUCUCUGGUGACCUUCAGAUAGUCUGCCCUCUGGACCGAGAGAGUAAGGAGUUCUACAUUUUGAACAUCACCGUUUACGAUUUGGGAAUCCUGCAAACAUCCGCGUGGAAAUUCGUCGCUGUCAAUGUCAUGGACGUCAAUGACAACCCUCCUGUUUUUGAUCAGCCCAGAUACGUGAUACGUGUGCCUGAAGACACAUUAGCGGAGUCUAUUAUCUUUAGAGCUCAUGCACGAGACUUGGACACCGACACGAAUGGUAAUGUCCAAUACUCCCUGCUCACGUCCACUGACAUGUUCAGAAUUGACGACCUGACCGGAGAAGUGACUUUGUCGGGCCGACUGGACCGUGAGAGCUCGUCCAGGCACGACCUCUGGAUCCAAGCGAAAGAUCAGGCCAAACUCGGCCCUCAGUUGUUCUCCGCGAUUGAUCUAGUGGUGGUUUUGGAGGAUGUAAAUGACAACCCGCCCAAAUUUGUCCCAAAGGUGUACAAGAUAAAAGUCGCAGAGGACGUUCCCGUUGGGACGCUGCUCGUCUGGGUGGAAAGCGUCGAUUUAGAUCUGGGCAGCGGCGGCCUCGUCACGUACAACCUCAAGAACACCGAGAGCGGGAUCUUCCAUCUUGACUCCUCCACGGGCGCCCUGACCCUCGAGAGAGAGCUGGACUUUGAGAGGCGGCCGUCCUACAACCUCACGGUCCGGGCUGUCGACCACGGCCUCCCACGCUCCCUCUCGUCAUCCUGUUUCGUGGAGAUCGAGGUUCUGGACAUCAACGAGAACGUCCACCGUCCCGUGUUCUCGGAGUUUGUGUAUGAAGCCGCUGUAAUGGAGGACGCAGCAAUUGGCACAUCUUUGGUGACGCUUACAGCUUCAGACAAGGAUCUGGGCCGAGAUGGAGUCGUCAGGUACCACAUCCAUGGUGGCUCUGGUCUUGGAGUGUUCACCAUUGAUGAGGAAUCAGGUGUGAUUCGUACAACCGAGAUGCUGGACCGCGAGACGGUGCCUCACUACUGGCUCUCGGUCUACGCCACCGAUCUGGGGACCGAGCCUCUGGUCUCCUGGACUCACGUCUUCCUGGAGGUGAUGGACGUUAACGAUAACGCUCCCGAACUCUCCCAGCCGGCGUACUUCACGUCCGUCCAGGAGAACGUGGACAAGGUGAAGUCCAUCGUCCAGGUUUCGGCCACAGAUGCGGACACGUCCUCUGAGGGGAAGCUUUCCUUCCAGAUGCUGGAAUCUCAUCGAACGUACUUCGAUGUCGACCCUGAAACAGGUGUUAUCAGCACUCUGUCAGCCCUGGACCGGGAGGAUAAACCAGAGCACAGCAUCGAGGUGAUCGUGUCAGAUAACGGCUCGCCGCCUUUACGCUCCACCGCCACCGUCGUGAUCCGAGUCCUGGACGACAACGACAACCGACCCAAGUUCACCGACAAGCUUUUCCACGUCAAGCUGCCCGAGCAGCGGCGCCACGGAGGCCGACAGGAAGUCUGCAGGAUGGUGGCGCGCGAUGACGACGAGGGCUCCAACGCCGUGGUGACCUACAAGCUCCAGGACGACGCGGACGGACGCUUUCAGGUCGACGCGCUGACCGGGGUGGUGACGUCCCAGGGCGACUUCUGGCCCGGGAACUACAGCAUCCUCACGAUAAAAGCGACGGACCAGGGCAUCCCGCCGCGCUCGUCCACCGCCCGCCUCGACGUGGAGUGGAUCGCCCGCCCACCGCCCUCCACUGAGCCAAUCACGUUCGAGGAGCCUCACUUCACCUUCGCCGUCAUGGAAACGGAGCCCGUCACUCACAUGGUGGGAAUCAUCAUGACGGAGACGCACGGGCUGAGGUGGUUCGACAUCGUAGGCGGCGACGAGGAAAAGGACUUCGACAUCCAGAGGAACACGGGGACCAUCUCCAUCGCCCGCCAGCUCGACGCGGCCCGGCGCUCCAACUACAACCUGACGGUGCAGGUCAACGACGGGCACCACAGCACCACCACGCAGGCCUACGUCCGUGUGCUGGACAUGAACGAGCAUCGGCCCGUCUUCCUGAAGCCGCUGUACGAGGUGAGGGUUCCUGAGGACACGUCCCCGUGGAAGGACAUCCUGCAGAUCAGCGCUCAGGACGCCGACGCCAACAGCAAGCUGGUGUACUCCAUCCACAGCAGCCUCCACCCGGACAGCACCAAGUUCUUCCACCUGGACCCGAAGAGCGGAGUCCUGGUGAUGACCGAGGAGCUGGACUACGAGAUGCUCUCCGUCCACACGCUCAUCAUCAUGGUGCGUGACCAGGAGAUACCGGUGAAGAGGAACUUUGCAAAGGUGGUGGUUCACGUCGAGGACUGUAACGACCACUCGCCGGCUUUCCUCAGCCCCCGCUACGAGGCCAGCGUCUCUAACCUGGCCCCCAAGGGCUCCGAGGUGGUCCAGGUCAAGGCCCUAGACAAAGACAUGGGAAGCAACGCAGACGUCAGCUACUCUCUUCACUCCGGCAACAUCGACAACGUCUUCUCCAUAGAUCCAGAGCUGGGCUCCAUCAGCAUUUCCAAACCUCUAGACCUGCAGCCUCAGGACCAGUUCCACCUGACAGUGAAGGCCACGGACCAGGGCUUCCCUCAGCGCAGCGACCUCUGCUCCGUCCACGUCCGCAUCCGAGUCUCGGACCGCACCCCGCCCACCUUCCCUUCGGACGAAUACUUGACAGAGAUCAGUGAACUGAGCACCGCCGGUACACCGGUGGUCACCGUGUUGGCCUCGAGUCCAGCUGCAGUGCAUUAUGGGAUAGAAAGUGGCAACCCAAAUGGGACGUUUUACAUCAACCCUUACACCGGGUUGAUUUCGACCCAGAAGCAUCUUGAUUUUGAGAACUGUGAGUCCUACCAGCUCAAGGUUACGGCCUCCACCAUGGCUGGAGCUUUGUCCAGGACCGUUGUCCACAUCUACGUGAUUGAUGAGAACGACAACGCUCCUGUUUUUCGGCAGAGGAAGUACUUGGGUCAAAUAAGCGAGUCUGCUCAUGUAAACAGCAUGGUGAUGGGGGACAGAAACACGCCGAUGGUCGUUCAGGCCUCAGACGCAGAUCGAGAUUCAAACUCUCUGCUGACGUAUCAGAUCAUCGAGCCUGAGGCGCUGAAAUUCUUCAAGAUAGACGCGAGCAUGGGCACCAUCUCUCUGAUUUCACCGGUGGACUUUGAAGCCAAGGCUGAGCAUCAUUUCACGGUGCAAGUGAAGGACUCUGGGGAGCCAUCACUGUACGCAGCAGAGCCUGCCAAGGUCACCGUUCGCGUCCUGGACCUGAAUGACUGCCCUCCACAAUUCACCAGCCCAGUGUACGAGCCAUCCAUCAUCUUCCCAGCUGUCAGAGAUACAGAGGUUGUACGAGUCACAGCCCAUGACGCCGACUCCGCAGUCUCAUACAGCAUCACUGAAGGAAAUCUUCACAAUGCCUUUACAAUUCACCCCAACACUGGAGUCAUCGUUGUGAGCAAUGUGACUGAAUUCAGCCCAUUUUACCAACUGGUUGUCAAAGCCUCCGAUGGCCUCUACAAAGACUCGGCCACUGUCAAGGUGAAUGUAACGAACCUGACAGCAACCGAUCUUGGAUUUGAGCAAAGCGUUUAUUCAGCUAGUGUGACCGAAAACCUGAAGACAGUCAAAACUUUGGCAGCGCUCAAGGUCACGGGAUGUUUUUUAAAUGAGCCUCUUAUAUAUUCCAUUGUAAACCCAACAGGGAGGUUUUCUAUUUCCCAGACGUCAGGUAUUCUCGAAACCACAGGCGUCCCUUUUGACCGAGAGGAGCAGGAUGUUUAUGAUGUAGUAAUAAAAGUACAAGACAGGAGGACACCUCCCAGAACGGCUACAACCCAGGUCAAGGUUUUCAUAGAUGAUGUCAAUGACAACACUCCACAGUUUCUAAACUUGCCCUUUUCAAUGAUGAUCUCUGAAGACUCGGAGCCAGGAGAUGUCUUGUAUCAAGCCACUGCCAUCGACAAAGAUCUAGGAGAGAAUGGGUCCAUCAUGUACUCGCUGGAGGAGGACUACGACCUCUUCAGGAUAGAUCCUGAUGUUGGUGACGUGUCCCUUCAGAGACCUCUCGAUUUUGAAGCCCUGAAUAAAUAUGUAUUGACGGUGUUUGCUAUAGAUGAAGGCGAGCCUAAUCACAUCACCACGGCUCAGCUCAGUAUCCAAGUGAGGAAUCGGACCAACCCGGUUUUCCAGACUCUGCUUUAUCCACUGAAAGUUCCUGAAAACGUUCCCCAGUUCACCACCAUCCUGCACGUCCAGGCCAGGAACCCAGAAGGGUAUCGACUCAUCUACAAUCUCCAAGAGGAAAAUGCCUCAAAGCAUUUUCACAUUGAUUUCAAGACCGGUGUGUUGACCGUCACCAACCCCCUCGACUACGAGAGUCAGACCAUGCACGUGCUGACGGUCCGGGCUACCGACUCCGUGACGGGAGCUUUCUCAGAGGCCACGAUUGAGAUCGAAGUGGAGGAUGUGAAUGAUAAUGCACCGGUUUUCUCAAAGCCUACGUACAGCGUGAACAUCGCUGAGGGGCUCCCGAUAAACACCUCCAUCGUUCAAGUUUCUGCAUCAGAUAAAGACUCUGGUAGAAAUAAAGACUUGACUUUCCAGAUCAUUAAAACAACAGAGGAGGAGGCAAAUUUCUUUGAGAUAAAUCCUCUGAGUGGUUUGAUUGUGACUAAACAGGUCCUGGAUUAUGAAAACACAAAGCAUUUUAAGUUGAAAAUUAAAGUCACGGAUAAUGGGACCGUACCUUUGAGCAGUGAGGCCAUAGUUUUUGUAAAUGUCACCGAUGUCAAUGACAACCCGCCAGACUUUGUCAGUCCCGGGUAUAAAGCCACACUAGAUGAAAUGGCAAAGUGUGGUCACAUAGUCAUCAAAAUCCAAGCUUCAGACCCCGACACUGGUGACAUAAAUGACCUCAAAUACAAAAUCCUCUCAGGGAACGAAGGCCGGUACUUCAAUAUCAACGAAUCCUCAGGGAUCAUCUCCUUCUCUAACGUCUGCAAGAGAAAUUUGGAUCCUCACUACAACCUGACUGUGGCGGUGUCUGAUGGAGUGUUUCAGAAAAUGGCACCGGUCAGUAUUGACAUGAUAAACAGCAACAGGCACAGUCCACACUUCAAGCAGAGCAUCUACGAGGCAGAGCUGGCUGAAAACGCCGAGGCAGGAACUCGUGUGAUCCGAUUAGCCGCGAUCGACCCCGACGACGGGCCGUACGGCAGUGUUGACUACACCAUCAUAAACAAGCUAGCGGAUGAGAAAUUUGCCAUUCACAAGGAUGGGCAGAUUGUCACAACUCAACCGCUGGACAGAGAGAACCCAACACAGAGAGUUAUAGCAAUCAAAGUGAUGGCCAAAGACGGUGGUGGAAAAGUGGCCUUCUGCACCGUCAAAAUUAUCCUCACAGACGAGAAUGACAACGUGCCUCAGUUCAAAGCAUCCGAAUACCAGGUUUCCAUCCAGUCAACUGUGAAUAAAGGCUCCCCGGUCAUUCAGAUCAUGGCUUACGAUGCAGAUGACGGCAAAAACGCAGAUGUCACUUACACGGUGGAUGAAGCAGAAGAGGUCACCGAAGACGUUAUCGAGAUCAACCCUUUCACUGGGGUCGUGAGUGUCAAAGAGAGCCUCGUUGGCAUGGAGAACAAGAUCUUUAAUUUCAAAGUCAAGGCUCGCGAUGGCAGCCUCCCGUUCUACAACUCUACAGUCCCUGUUCAGCUGAAAGUGGUUCCUCCUGAGGUCCCCCUCCCCAAGUUCUCCGAGCCUCUCUACACCUUCUCGGCUGCAGAGGAUGUUCCCAUCGGGACGGAGAUCGGCUCGGUCAGGGCGGACUCCGACAUGCCACUGAUUUACAGCCUGGUGAACGGCAACACGGUGGAAAGCAACAAGGACAGAGUGUUCAGCCUGGACCAAGAAAGUGGAACUUUGUUGCUCCAAAAGACCAUUGAUCAUGAAAAGACAAAGUGGUACCAGAUAGAUGUGAUCGCUCAGGGGAACCACAACGGGACCGAUGUGGCGUCACUGGUGUCCGUCAGUAUUCAGGUCCAAGAUGUCAACGACAACCAGCCGGUGUUUGAUGCGAGCCCAUACAGGGCUUUCCUGGCUGAAAACAUGCCUGCCGGGACCACUGUUAUCCAGGUUACUGCAAAUGACCCGGACACGGACACCAAUGGUCUGGUGACCUACAGCCUGGAGUCUCUGCCCGGUGACGCGGCGUUGGACAUCACUGAAGUGUUCUCCAUCGAGGGCGACAGCGGCUGGAUCACCACGGUCCGGGAGACGGACUGCGAGGCUAACAGGGUCUACAGGUUCAACGUGGUGGCCACGGACCACGGCGGCGACGCCAAGCUGUCGUCCAGCGUCCUGGUGGAGGUGAUGGUGACAGACGAGAACGACAACCCGCCCAAGUUCUCCGAGGACGUGUACCGCGGCUCGGUGGUGGAGAACAGCACCCCCUUCGAGCCCAUCGUCUCCAUGACGACCACGGACGCCGACGUGUCGCUGGAGAACCGCCUCGUGACGUGCUACAUCACAGACGGAGACCCUCUGGGCCAGUUUGCCAUCAUCCAGGAGGACGAGGGCGAGUGGGGCUUGAUUGUGAAGGAAAGUCUGGACCGAGAGACCAAAGACAGAUACACGUUAAGAGUCACGGCCACGGACGGGAAGUUCGAGGCGCCGAUCACCGUGGACGUCCACGUGCUGGACAUCAACGACAACAGUCCAGUGUGUGAGCAGCUGGUCUACACGGAGGUGGUGAUGGAGAACUCUCCCCCCGGGAUGUUCGUGCUGAAAGUGUCGGCGUCGGACCCGGACGUCGGCGCUAACGGACAGAUCUCGUUCACCCUCCACGGUCCAGACGCAGACAAGUUCCACCUGGAGCACAGGACAGGCGAGCUGUUCACUCUGGCCGUGCUGGACCGUGAGAAGGAGGUGGAGUUCAACCUGGUGGCGAAGGCGACGGACGGCGGCGGCCGCUCGUGCCAGGCCGACAUCCUGCUCAUGGUGCAGGACAUGAACGACAACCCUCCGCGCUUCUCGUCCAGCCACUACGAGGUCACCGUGUUCGACAACACCACGGUCCGCACGCCCGUCGCCGUCAUUUACGCCAAAGACCCAGACACAGGUAUAAACUCGGAGGUGAAGUACUCCCUCCUGACCGGCGACGACGGCUACUUCUCCCUGGACGAGUUUUCGGGGAUCCUGCGCCUGGAGCGACCUCUGAGCCCCGACACGCCGCCCACCUUCGAGCUGAAGGUGAAGGCCACCGACCGCGGCCUCCCCCGUCACCUCUACUCCGUCGCCACGGUGACGGUGGACGUGGUCUCCCUGGACGACUACCAGCCCGUCUUCCUGAGCUCGGAGUACACGGCCCAGGUCCCCGAGUCGGCGGCGGUCGGGUCGACGGUGCUCAGCGUCUCGGCGCUCACCAGAGACGGAGGAGGACCGGACCCCAUCGUGUACCGCGUCGUCUCCGGGAACGAGGACGGACGCUUCCUGCUGGACUCGCACACAGGCCUUCUGACCCUCGUCGCCCCGCUGGAUUUCGAAGUGUCCCGUGAGUACUACCUUUCCGUGGAGGGCAGUCGCGGCAAGUCGUCCCUCACCGACAUCACCAUGGUUAUCGUCAACGUGACGGACGUGAACGACAACGCCCCGGUGUUCGGACGGGGCGACUACAGCGGCGAGAUAUCGGAAGAUCUGACGCCCGGGAGCCUGGUGAUGAAGGUCACGGCCACCGAUCAGGACGGUCCCAUCAACAGCCUGUUGCGUUACUCCAUAGUGAGUGGAGACCUCCAGCAGCAGUUCUCCAUCCACCCUCGCAGCGGUGAGAUCACGAUCCGCACGGCCCUGGACAGGGAGGAGAUCCCUCAUUACUCUCUGACGGUGCAGGCGGCCGACGAAGGACGUCCUCCUCUGUCCUCAGCGGUUGUCAUCACCAUCUCCGUCACAGAUGUCAACGACAACCCGCCCGUCUUCUCCCAGAUCAACCACAGUCUGCUGCUGCAGGAGGGCGAGUCGGUCGGCAGCACCAUCCUCCAGCUCGUGGUCACGGACAAAGACACGCCCAAGAACGGUCCGCCCUUCUCCUUCCACAUCGUCAGCGGCAACGAGGGCCGCCGUUUCCACGUCGACCAGGGCGGCCUCCUGACGCUCCAGGCUCCACUCAGGAAGAAGGUCAAACCACAGCAUCAGCUCAAGAUACAGGUGACAGACAGCGGCCACCCUCCCCUGUCCUCCAUCUGCGUGGUCAACAUCAACGUCACCGAGCAGAGCAAGUAUCCUCCCUCUGUGGUGCCCUUGGAGGUCUUCAUCACCACCUCCGGAGGACUGUUUGCAAACCGGGUCAUCGGCAGGCUCCACGCCACGGACCAGGACCUGCAGGACGUCCUCGCCUACAAUCUGGUGUCAGAAAACCCCGACGGGAAACGGUUCUCCAUUGACGUAGCUGAUGGUAAAAUCUGGGCCGACGAGAACCUGGAGGAGGGUUCGUACGCGCUCAACGUUAGCGUGAGUGACGGGAAGUUCAUCGUCUGGACCGGGGUCAAAGUUCACGUCUGGCCGGCGAGCCAGAGAGCGCUGGACUCCGGUCUGACGCUGCAGGUGGACGGAAUGUCGCCGGAGGCGUUUCUGGGCGAUCACUGGAGAGGCCUUCAGCGUAGCCUGGGAGACGCUCUGGGUUUACCCCGACAGGAGCUUCACCUGGCCAGCCUGCAGCAGAUACCCAGCACCCAGGUCCUGGAGGCCCUGCUGGUCUGGAGACCUCAGAGCGGACGUGUCCAGUCCUUUCCAACCAGCCGACUGGCAGGGAUCAUAUCAAAGAUCGAGUACGAUCUGGGUCUCAGCAUCCUCAGGAUGAGCCACAACGGCUGCCUGGGUACCGGCUGUCCGCCGCGAGGAUGCAGGAACGCUGUGCGGCUGUCAGGAGAGCGACUGAGCCAUUUCACCACAGCCAGAGCCGGUUUCAUCACCCCUCAACACACCUGGGAGAGCGUCUGCCCCUGUAACGAUUCUGCUCUGAGCUUUGACGAGAAGUCCUACCUGAAGUAUCUCCACGAGAUGGACGAGGACAGCCAAGAGUUCAAACUGUCACUGAGGUUCAAGACCUUCAAGCCGCAGGGCCUCAUCAUGUCCACCAACAACACCAAUGACUUUGGGGUUUUACAGCUGACCAAUGGGGAGCUCCAGUUCAGUUACAGAUGUGGGAACACCUCCCCGGGCUCUUUGCUGAUCAGAUCUCACCCGGUGUCAAACGGCGGCUGGCACAGCGUCCUGCUGGAGGUCAACGCCACGUUCCUGAGGCUGACCGUGGACCAGCAGCGUCCGGCCUCCGUGGCCCUCAGCGAGUCGUGCCGGAUGAUGCGCUCCCACGGCGCUUUGCUCUUCGCCUCCCUGGCUCAGGACGCGGACGUCCACAAGCGCCCGAGCUACUUCACCGGCUGCCUGGAGGGUCUGGAGCUCAACGGGGAGGCGAUCAGAGCGGACGGCGACGCGGCGGCGGAGUGGGCGGGGUCAGGGAGCCGGCGGGUGUUUGGGGUGUACCAGUGCUGCAGUAAAGCUGGAGCCUGCGACAGCAGCCCCUGUCAGAACGGAGGGACCUGUGAGGAGGUCGCUAACGGAGAGCUGCGCUGCAGGUGUGCAGGACUCUUCCACGGCAGCCGAUGCGAGCUGGCCAACCCGUGCGCCUCUCAGUCAUGUGCCGACGGCAGAGUGUGCGUACCCAAGGGUGAAGGCUACAUGUGCAACUGCUCGCAGGAGAACCCCCAAGCAAGGUGCCAUAAUAUGCUUGAAGAUUGUUCUCCCAGUUCAUGUCCGAGAGGGUUCGACUGUAAAGUGACUGAUGGCUCCAUCCACUGUGACUCGCUACCUCUGGUGUCGCCAUUGAUCGGCCACAUAGAAAUCAUGGAGAUCGCUGCGAGUGUGCUCGGGUUGCUCUUCUUAGUUGGCAUCUUCGUUUGUGUCAGGAAACGAUACGUUCAGAACAAGAAGAAGAAGCCAGUUUGUGUCCAGGACUCCAAUGGCUACUUCCAGCCGAGCCUGGCCAAGGGUCUGAAAGCCGACUCCCAGGAGGUCAACCCCAUCGAGAUGAGCUCCCUGGUCAGCCCCACCAACGACCUGGACCACACCCCCUUCAGGUCCCUCCGGCCGCGCAGCCACAUCGGUUCGUCCGGAGGCCGGUCGCCGAAGACGCAGGGGCCCGUCGUGUGCAGCGUGGCCCCCAACCUCCCGGCCAGGCCGCCGUCGAGCUCCGACAACGACUCCAUCAGGAAGAACCACUGGGACAUGGACUAUGAAGUCUACCCGGCCGACCCCGACUACUACGGCCGCCCGGCCAUCAAGGAGUUCCCCCAGUUCGACAUCGUGGAGGACACUUACUCCACCUCCACCGUGGACUCCCGGAGAAACUCCCGGUUCGGCGGGUUCCCGUUCCCCCUGGACCGCUGCGACCGGCGCGCCCCCCUGCCCCCGUGUUACAGCAACCAGAACCUGGACGACUUCCUGGGCCCGGACGGCCUGCCCCUCCCCAGCUCCCAGUGCCCCAACGAGUACACGGCCAUCAGCUACUACCCGACCCAGCACGCCCGCAGCCUGGACAACGUGUCCGGGGGCUACAAGAGACUCAGCAUGCGGCUGAGCGUGGCCAUGCCGUCGUACGCGGAGCAGGCCAGUCCGCCGCUGCCCCCGCCGCCCCCGAACCCGGCCCAGCCUCAGACCAGACCGGCGGGACACAACCCGCGCAGCUACGACGGCUCCAGCAUGGUGGAGAGCGACUACGGGAGCUGUGAGGAGGUCAUGUUUUAGGUUUUCCAGGGUUUUAGUUUCUUCAAGGAACCGGAAGAAUUGUGAGAACGUCCUUCCUGCGUCAGACGAGUGAAACGAUUAAAAGUCUGAAUCCUUUCGUUUCCAACGACGGAGACGACGUCUUUGGUUUGUUUUGACUUUUUUAAAAGUGGUUUCGUCUCGUUGUGCCGGACUAGAUGGAGGCGGUGCUGCUUCAGGACGACGCUCCACGACGGAAGAAAAAGAGCACGUGUGUUUUUUUUUUUUUCCUCGUUGAACUUGUUCGGGUUGUGGAAUCAUGAACAGUAUUAGUGACUCGUCUGUGAACUGUUUCAAAGUCGGACCAGGGCUCGAGAAGAAGUCUUUUUUUUUUUUUUUUUAUUUCAAGUCCGUCUAUGAGAAACUUUCAAAGCGUUUUCAAUCAGCUUUACAUCCCCUGCAUUUCAGCACAUGCGUCCAACAACAACAACUAAAAAAAAGAGUCUAUGAAAUCAGAUUUGGUCCUGAAACAUUCGGCGUUAACGUCGUCCCGCUUAUUUCAAACAUCAAGAAACGUAUUAAAAGAGACAUUUCAUGCAGGAGAAACUUUUCUUUAGUCUUCUUACCGUUGCUGUUGUUUAUUCUUGGUGUCUGUGACUUGUGAUGAUGAAGAGGCUGGAUCCUCGUUAGAAUAAAAAAAAAAAAAAGAUGAAAGCCAUAAAUGUUAUUUGUGAAGUAGAUGUUACACUAAUACUGUAAAAAGAUUUAAAACGCCUCCACCGUCGUUACAGUAUUUCCUUUAACUGUUUGAUCCCGUCUCCUCCUCCGCCUCCUUCCUGCCGUGGUUUUGUCUACACAGCCAUUUUAAAUGGUGUGAAUUUACCAACACUGGGACGAGUCGUGUCCUGAGCAGAAUAUUAAAACGUGAAUGUGAACAGCAGCUUCGAGAAAUGAGCCGCAAUUAUCUCAAUUAAAUUCUUCUUUCACUCGUUAAUCGACAUCAAUUCAAACAAAUCUUCUGAUUAAUUAAAAAUGAUGCAGAUCACAGUUUCACAAAAACAUAAAAAUAUACUUGUUUUAUUGAAGUUUGCUUUCAAACUGUAAAUGAAAACUGAAAAAAAAAUAAAGUGAAGAGAAGCAGAGUCAAUAUUUGACCUAAUUUUCUUUCUACUGACAUGAUUUGAAAAAAAUAAAAGUGCAACAAGUGAAAAAACUGAAAGAAAAACAUGUGUUUCCCUUAAAUGAACCUGAAAGUAUCAAACGUUUCCUCCUUUAGUUUCUUUCUGGUUUCUUUUUUCAUCUAUUAAAUGAUAAAAAAAAAAAUUAAAAAUGGUACAAUUAUCAAUAAAUCAAUUAACAGACACAUUUCUUUUUUUUUUACUAUUAUGAUGAAACACAAAUUAAAAGCAAAUUAACGCAGCAGCAAUAAUCGCAUUACUUCACAAAAUGUUCAACUAAAACAUUUCAUCCGUGUGUUUUUCUAAUUAAUUGCACCUUUUUUAUAUAUAUAUUGUUAGUUUUUUUCCAGUAAAUUGAGUGAAUGUUAAACCUGCAUGGAUCAGCUGAAUUUUGGAGGAAAUAAACGAGACUCGAGAACCAGAUAUUUGCUGUAACGCUGACGUUAUUGACAGACGUGAGGCUGGAUGUCUGUCAACAAAAAGAAAUGAUGAUAAGAAUGUUUCAUUCAUUUUUUAAACCCCUGACGUCCGUCCAACAUAAUGGCCCCAAUCACAGCUCCCCGCUGGGUUUCUCUGCCGUCCUGCUGAGCAGCUGCUGAGUUUUAUGAAUAAAGAAACGGAGACGGAUUAAAACCUGAAAGCUUCUCCUCCCGACGCAUUAAUUAAGACGUAUGACUUCCCAGAGUGCGUCAUCGAGUCUUAUCUGCGACGCCUAAAACUCCCCACCAGGAUAUUUUGAACAUUUUUUUUUUUUUUUUUUUACCUAGAGUUGAAGGAGAACCUCUUUUAAAUAUGUGUGUUUAGCUUAGCCUAGCGUAGCUUAGCAUAGUUAGCAGCAGCUGAAACUGUGAGGUCUGGAUGCAACAGCUUAAAUACAUUUACCGCUGUUUGAUCCACAAUAUCUCACAUAAUGUGCAUAAACUGUUGGACCGAUGCUAAGCUAGCAGCUAACACCCUGUUAUCAUUAGUCUCCGUUCCUGCUCUUCAAUGACUUGCUACACCAAUGACUUUUUUUUUUUGUUUUUUUUUUGUAUUUCUAUCACUGGUGGUUUGACUGUGACUGUUGUUUGUACAAAAGAGUUGUGUAUAAUCUAUAGGUGUCGUGUUGUACAUAAUGUCCGUGCGUUGCUGUUGUUGUUGGAACAAAAAAAAUAUGAAUAACUUGAAUGUAAGUUACAUCCAUAGUUUAUUUUUGUAUCAAUGUGGGCCUCCCCAUGUUUUGCUCGGUUGUCGUCUCCGUUUAUGAGAGAUUUUUAUUGAGAUGCCCUGUUUCUAUUUGUUUCCCAACAUUGUAAAGAGAAUAAGAAUAAAGAUAUUAUCUUGUAUAAACAUUA